UUGACACUUAUAGGUGAGCGAUGUGACGAGAGGAAUUAUUGCGAGGGUAAUCCAUGCAUAAAUGGCGUAUGUACAUCCACGUCUAAAGGGUACCACUGUGCUUGUCCACCGGGCUUGCAUGGCGAGAGGUGCGACAUGGAUGUCAAUGAGUGCCAUUCGAAUCCGUGCCAUCGAGGCAAAUGCGUCAAUGAGUUCGGCUCGUAUCGAUGUGAAUGCCCUCGGGGUUUCUCUGGUCGGCACUGCGAGACAUUCUCGUUGAGCAACGAUCCGUGUGCCGCGUCGCCAUGUCAGAACGGUGCCAAGUGUUACACAUAUCGUGAUAAAUAUUACUCGUGCGAAUGCCGUGCCGGUUUCACAGGGCGACACUGUGAAGUGAACAUCGACGACUGCUCCGAAAAUGCUUGUAUGAAUGGCGGUCGCUUUUGUGAGCAGGAUGUUGAUGAGUGUGAACUUGGCUUGCACGACUGCAAAAACGGAGGUACUUGCUUCAACAAGAAAGAAGGCUAUCACUGCGUCUGUGUUAACGGCUGGGAAGGUGAACAUUGCGAGAUCAACAAGGACGAUUGCGUGGAUGCGCUUUGCGAAGCGGGCAGUACUUGCGUAGACCACGUUGCCAAGUAUACAUGCGAAUGCCCACCUGGACGCAUUGGUUUGUUCUGUCAUAUGGAAGACCCAUGCCUGGCGAAUCCAUGUCGAACUGGCUCGGUCUGCGAGCCAGAUACCUCAAGUGGAAAGUAUACUUGUGAAUGCCCGAAAGGUUACACUGGCGAAGACUGCUCCGAAGAUAUCAACGAAUGUGAGCAGGUGAAUAAAAAACAAUAA